UUCUCAGUCAGCUCGCCCCGCCCUGUCCUCCCCUUCCUCCUCCCUCCUCUGCCCUCCUCCCCGCCUCGCCCGGUUGUCCUCAUCCUAUACAAACUUGUCCCUCAAGGCCCAGCAGUCCACGCGCUGAGCUGGUUCCUACCACCGCCUCCCUCCAACUACCGUUUCUGCAUCUUAGGUCCUAGCGCCGAUCGGGAGGAUCCUGCCGAGCUCGCUCGUCUCUUUCCGCCGACCUCGCACCGCUCGCUGGGUCACGUUGGUUUCACCCCCUUUGCCGCCAACGUACAGGACUCCGUGGUCUCUGCUUAGCGGUCGCCCAGCCUCCAGCUCCUUGCGUACUCAUGCGGCAGGCCGAUGCCGAGACGCCUUCUUCCCCGCCUCUGCCACAGUCCACGGGGCCAAGCAUCCGUCCGCUGCCCACCAUGGCCCCACAGCAAACAGGUAGCAGGAAGCGGAGAGCAGAGGAGGUGGAGGAGGGCGCCGGGAGCUCGUCGUCUCCGGGUACCGCGGCCGCGGCGGGGCACGCGGAGGGACCUCAGCUCCUUCCCAAGAGGCCGCGGCGGCCCGCGGCGCGCCGCUCGCUGCUUCACUAUGUAAAGGGCCGCGAGCUGGGUGAUGCGGGCCACGCCAGGCUCGCGGGCUUCGAGGGCGAGCUGCGCAGCUACGCGGUGCACAGGCUUCCGGAGCUGCUGCGGGAGCGCCAGCUACCCCUCGGCCCCCUCAACAAGGUGUUCGCCUCGCAGUGGCUCAACGCCAGGCAAGUGGUGUGCGGCACCAAGUGCAACACCCUCUUUGUGGUGGAUGUCCAGUCGGGCCACAUCAUGCGCAUUCCCCUGAUGCGCGACAGGGUGCCAGAAGUGAACCGCGGCCCGCCUUCCUGUGGCAUCCAUGCCGUGGAGCUGAAUCCAUCCAAAACCCUCCUGGCCACUGGUGGUGAAAACCCCAAUAGCCUAGCUGUCUACCAGCUGCCUACCCUGGACCCUGUGUGCCUGGGAGAUUGCCAGGGCCACAAGGACUGGAUCUUUGCCAUCGCCUGGUUGAGUGACACCGUGGCCGUGAGUGGUUCCCGCGAUGGCACCGUGGCUCUAUGGCGGGUGGAUCCUGAUAUGUUUAAUGGCAGCAUUGCUUGGCACAAGGAUGCUGGGCUUCCGGUUUAUGCUCACAUCCGUCCACGAAAUGUGGAGGCCAUCCCCAAAGCCACCACCAACCCAGGUAACCGCAAAGUGCGAGCCCUGGCGUUCUGCAGCAAAAACCAGGAGCUGGGAGCCGUGUCGCUGGACGGCUACUUUCACUUGUGGAAAGCCCGGAGCUCCCUGUCCAGGCUGCUGUCCAUAAGGCUGCCAUACUGCCGAGAGAAUGUGUGCCUCACCUACUGUGAUGACUUGUCCCUCUAUGCAGUGGGAUCCCAGUCUCAUGUCUCCUUCCUGGAUCUGCGACAGGGCCAGCAAAACAUACCACCAUUGUGUUCCCGUGAGGGAGGCACAGGUGUGCGUUCUCUGAGUGUCCACCAGCACAUCGUUACUGUGGGCACAGGCCAUGGCUCUCUACUCUUCUAUGACAUCCGUGCCCAGAAGUUCUUGGAGGAAAGGUCCUCAGCCAGUCCUGACCUAUUUCCUGUGCCCUCGGGGAGGAAGCUCAAACUCACCUGUGGCAGUGGCUGGAUAAACCAAGAUGACCUCUUAGAGAAUUACGUUGCUGGCUUGGAGGAGUUCCCCAAUGCCCUCUACACCCACUGCUACAACUGGCCCGAGAUGAAGCUCUUCGUGGGUGGAGGGCCGCUUGCAUCAGGCCUUCAUGGCAACUAUGCAGGUCUUUGGAGCUAAGGUGGAGCUGGCCCAGCUUAACCAGUGUGCUUUUCAGCAGAGAGAGAUGAAUCAGUCAAAAGUUGGAUUUGAGAAUUUCCCGCACCUCUCCACCAUGCUUUGAACUUUUCAUACAGAUGGCUGUCGUUCAUUCUUAGCUGUGCUGUCUUUGAGUGACUGAUAGUCUAUCUCUAGAAGAAUAUCAAGUUAUCGUGUUAGAGUUAUGAAAAUUUUGUUUUAUUUUCAUGUUAGCAGUACUGAAACUAUUAGUUUUAGUUUUCAUCACAUAUGUGUGGUAUAUUAAGAAUAUUUUCUAUCAAACAGUUUGGACAUCUGGAGAGCUAACCAUAGUUUUGUAACAUUGUUUCAAUUGUAAAAUACAUUCCACUUUCCACAUGGCCUACUUUAGGAAAUAUUUCACUCUUGAAUUGUGAUCAUGGUGUAUAUAGUUUGUAUGUUGUCGGUGCUAAAACGCACUUUUCUAAAAGUUGUUUAUUAUCUAAAAGUAGUUGUCAUAGAAUCUUGUGUUCGUAUCAGAAUCUCUAAUUGAUUAGGGCAGUUUAGGAAGUCAAGUGUUGUGCUUGUUAAAUGUUCAAAAUUAAUCCAAAAAUUAAUGUUUUCCUUUCAAGCCGUAUUUAAGUUUUUAUGCUCUGUCCUUGUUUAGGUAAAAGAAUGUACUUGCUUUCACUUCUUGCCUUAGUACUAUCAAGACUUGUGGAUAUAUUUGAAUGUUUGUGGUUUGAGUAACUUGCACAGAGUUUUAGUGCCAUCAUUCAAUGCAGGGAUAUUUAGUGUAAAUGUAGAAUGUAUGGCAGCUGGGCAGAAAAUAUGCUGCUCCUAAGGUAUAGACUGGAUAUUUUUGCUGUUGCUAUUUUAAUACCAAAUGUUAUAUUUGAGCAUAUUUUAAACUUUUAAGAUUUGUUUAUGGGUUAAGUUACAAGAAAAAAAUUGCACAGGACAAAAAUGAGCCCAUUCAGCUCACUGUGAAAGAAACUCCCCUAUUUAUAAACUCCAAAUUAAUGAGAAUUUUAUUUUGUGGACUUCAAAGAUAUACUCAGAGUAAAAUAGAUGUUAUUAAAAAGCUGUGAUGGCCGGGUGUGGUGGCACACGCCUUUAAUCCCAGCACUUGGGAGGCAAAGGCAGGUGAAUUGCUGUAAGAAAGAGCCCAGUCUAGUGGUAGUCUACAAUGCCAGUUCCAGGCCAGCUAGAGCUACAAUGUAAGACCCUAUCUCCAAAAAAUAAAAACCCUGUGAUUGUAUGACUGUAAAUGCUAAAUGUGAUAAUGUGUAAUAUGUCAUUAUAAAAGUGCAGUAUUUUUUUCUUCAAAGGGAUUAAAAGUGAAUGUGAAGAACUUUAGGGUUCAGAUAAAUAAUGAUGGAAACAUGACAGAUUUCUCCCUAGUGUGAACCCUGAAAAUGAGAAAACAGCAGCCCUUGUUCAAAACUGGCCAGGGUGCUUGGACCUUGGACUGGUAUUGGGUCAUGUCUUCUUUUCCUUAAAUAUUUGACGUUUAUUUUGCCUUGUCAUUGAUACAGCAAAUACUGUAAUGUAACAAACAUAAAGGAACUGAUGAUAGGUUCUAAACUUAAAAUAUUUGAUUUUCAGUUAAAAAUACAAAAACAUUAGAAUUUUGGUUUUAGAAUUAAUAUAGGUUUAUGUCCUAAAAUUAUGGUAUUUUGUUACAUAUAGGUAAAUUUGUUUGCAUGUAUGUUUCCACCUCUGUUAUAAAUGUUUUGAGAGCAGACAUCAUGAACUUCCAUCUUUUGUUUGUGAUUCCAAAGGCAAUCAGUUAUAAUUUAAUGACUUUCAAUUUUUGGCAAUGGAAACAUGUUCAAA